AUGGCGGACGCGACGACGCGUAGCAAUUUAAAGGCUACGCUAGCCGGCUGGUCCCGUCUUAUCUUAUCGCACUCAGGCACAGCUCUAAGAAGUUUGUCAUGCUGCUGCUUGCGCCGGGAGACCACUACAGACUGGUUGACAUUCCUCACCCCUGAGACUGUACGGGAACACUCUUCACCCGCCAACGGACAAUCACUGCCCGCAAUGGGCUCCAUCUCGUUCCCCGCCGAAGAAGAUCGGGUGCUACAGUCGUGGAACGACAUCAACGCCUUCCACCGGCAACUGGAGCUCACGGCUGAUCUACCACCUUACGUCUUCUACGAUGGUCCACCUUUCGCCACCGGUACACCACAUUAUGGCCAUCUCCUCGCCUCGACCAUCAAGGACAUCAUACCCCGCUACUGGUCAAUGCGAGGUCGACAUGUCGAGAGACGGUUUGGCUGGGAUACGCACGGCGUCCCGAUCGAACAGAUCAUCGACAAGCAGUUGCAGGAGGAGCUUGGCGUGAGAGGCAAGGCUGCUGUGGAGAAGAUUGGUAUUGCAGAGUACAAUCGACGAUGUCGGGAAGUGGUUCUCACAUAUGCUCACGAAUGGCGGAGAGUCAUUGGUCGAGUAGGACGAUGGAUCGACUUCGAUCGAGACUAUAAAACCAUGGAUCCGAGCUUCAUGGAGACGUGUUGGUGGGUGUUUGGGCAGCUCUACAAGAAGGGUCUGGUGUAUCAUGGUGCGAGAGUGCUGCCGUACAGUACUGCUUUGAAUACGCCCUUGAGCAAGAGUGAAGCCAGUGAGGAGUACCGGGACGUGCAAGACCCGGCAGUCACAGUGCGCUUCCCGCUCUUGGGUGUAGAAGAGCAACCAGAGGCGACCCAGCCAACCGUGCAAAAGCUGCUCGAUGCCGCGUCGGGCAAAAGUGUCAACUUCGUGGCUUGGACAACUACGCCUUGGACGCUGCCAAGCAACGUCGCUUUAUGCGCGCACCCUGACUACGAAUACCUGGCAGUCCUAGACAAGGAGACGGACAACGUCUAUGUUAUGCUGGAAGCUGGUCUGAAGGUGCUGUACAAGGAUCCGAAGAAGGCCAAGGACAAGUUCCAAACACUACCACUCAAGCUGAAAGGCUCAGAGCUGGCUGGUAUCCGCUACACACCACUGUUCCCGUACUUUGAGAAGCAGUUUAAAGACAUUGGUUUCAAAGUCCUCCUCGACCUGUAUGUUAAGCAAGACGAAGGGGUUGGUAUCGUACAUCAGUCUCCUGCUUUCGGUGAGGACGACUAUGCUAUCAGUUGGAGAGAAGGCGUCAUCAAUGGUGAUCGUCCGCCGCCAAAUCCUCUCAACGCGGGCGGCGAGUUCACGAACGAGGUUCCAGAUUUUGAGGGUCAGCAUGUCAAGGCUGCGGACAAAAACAUUAUCAAACGUUUGAAAACCGAUGGCAGACUCGUUCGAGAGUCACAACUUACCCAUAGAUAUCCUUUCUGCCCACGCAGUAAAACACCACUCAUCCAGCGUGCAGUGCCUUCAUGGUUCAUCAAGGUCGAACAGAGCGUGCCAGAUUUGCUGAGUAACCUGGAGAAGACACAUUGGGUGCCGUCGAUGGUCAAGACUGGCCGCUUCCAGCAAUGGCUGGCGAGUGCGAGAGAUUGGAACGUCAGCCGGAAUCGAUACUGGGGCACGCCCUUGCCGCUUUGGGUCAGCGAAGACAUGCAGGAGGUCGUCUGUGUGGGUUCUGUCGCUGAGCUGAAGAAGCUGUCUGGACACCAAGGUGAUAUCAAGGACUUACAUCGUGACUCCAUCGACAACAUCACUAUCCCAUCACAACAAGGCAAAGGUACGCUAAGACGAGUGGAGGAAGUCUUCGACUGCUGGUUCGAGUCUGGGUCUAUGCCGUAUGCUUCAUCACACUAUCCGUUCGACUACCCACAAUACGAUGCAUCGGAUCCAGAGUCCGGCUUGUCGGGGACAGAAGGACCUGGCAAAGCACUAUUCGAGAAGUACCCUGGCGACUUCAUCGCUGAGGGUCUUGAUCAGACUCGUGGUUGGUUCUACACACUCUCCGUUCUUGGCACUCAUUUGUUCAACACAUUUCCGUAUAAAAACUGUGUGGUCAACGGCAUUGUACUAGCAGAAGAUGGAAAGAAGAUGUCCAAGUCGCUCAAGAACUUUCCGGAUCCUAUGCUAGUGGUCGAUCGAUACGGCGCCGAUGCUUUGCGAUUAUAUUUGAUCGACUCUCCUGUCGUGCGAGGCGAGCCUCUGCGCUUCUCGGAGCAAGGUGUCAAGCAGAUCGUGUCUGGCGUGUUACUACCACUUUGGAACAGCUACAACUUCUUCUCGCAACAAGCGCUGCUGUGGAAGAAGACGACUGGCAAGGACUUCGUAUACGACCAGGAGCUGGAGAAGAGCAACACCAAUGUCAUGGACAAAUGGGUACUGGCCGCAACACAAUCACUACUGCAAUACGUAAAUGCGGAGAUGGAGGCAUACAGACUGUACACUGUUGUGCCGCGACUGCUGAAAAUGGUGGAUGAUGUCACGAACUGGUAUAUUCGCUUCAAUCGUAACCGACUAAAGGGACAGGCUUCUAGCACGCCUGCUGCGACAGCCAAGGCAACUACCAACGGCACAAAUGGCGAGACCAAUGGCGCUGCCGAUGAGGAAGCAAACGACACUCUUCACGCACUCAAUACAUUAUACGAAGUUCUUUAUACUCUUGUGCGGGCCCUUGCACCUUUCAUUCCUUUCCUCAGCGAUAACAUAUUUCAAAGAUUAGCACAACAUAUGCCUGAGCAGAGCUCGGAGCAAAAGCAGAGCAAAGGACUCGGCUCAGAUCUGCGAAGCGUGCACUUCCAAUACUUCCCAACCGUCCGACAGGAACUCUUCGAUCCCGUAGUCGAGAGACGAGUAAGCCGCAUGCAGAAAGUCAUUGAGCUGGGCCGGUUAUGUCGAGACCGAAGAACGAUCAGUCUGAAGACUCCUCUGAAGACUUUUGUGGUUCUGCACCAGGAUCAGGAAUAUCUUGACGAUGUGCGCACUCUGCAGGGUUACGUCACAGAUGAGCUCAAUGUCCGCGACCUCGUCCUCACGGCCAACGAAGGCAAGUACGGCGUCGAAUACAAUAUCCAACCCGACAUCCCGAGUCUAGGCAAGAAGUACAAGAAAGAUGCUAUGAAGAUCCGGAAAGCGCUUCCGAAUCUCAGCAAAUCACAAAUCCAGGACUUUCUAUCGAGCGGUAAGGCGACGGUUGAGGGCCAUGAGCUGAAUGAAGAGGAUCUGAGGGUUGUCAAGGAGAUCAAGUCGUCCAAGGAAAGUGAGAAUUGGGAGGUCACGACUGAGGGCGAGCUGAUGGUAAUCCUUGACUUUUUUGCUUACCCUGAGCUUGCGCAGGAGGGCCUAGCGAGAGAAGUGCUGAAUCGGGUGCAGAGGCUGAGGAAGAGGGCUGGGCUUGUGCCAACGGAUGAUGUCAAGCUUGUGUACUCUGUUCUGGGCCCUGCGCCUGUGGCGAACGGCGAUGGUGCUGCGGCGCAAGAAAAUGCUGCGCCUACUGCUGAUGGGCAGAAGAAGGAGAAGGAGGCUGUGGCUGAGGUGUCGAGGUUGGAGCAGGAGAGGUUGGUGGAAGAUAUGUUUGUUAAGCAGGCCGGGACAUUUGGUAAGGCGGCUAGUCAUGGUGUUGUCAAGGAUGAGGGUGAGGUUGAGAAGAAUGGCGAAGUCGUGGCUGAGGAGGAAGCCGAGGUGAAGGAUGUCAGGCUGUUGCUUAAGUUGUUGCGAGUCUAG